GGCUAAUCUAGUGAUAUGCGUCAGUUGAGUACCGGUCGCGCUUGCGUUGUAGACGCAUUCGUUUAAAUCAUGUGUCCACAUACAUAGAAUCCUCAAAAUAUGGAGGUAGACAUGGUGAUAAUCCUGACGGUGUUUACCUUGGCGUGGCUGGCAUUGGUGGUGGCGGUGGCGGUGUUGAUGAUGCGAGUCGGCCGCCUGCGCCGGCGCAUCGACGACCUGCAACAGCGCUCCACCGUGCACAUACAGAAGCUGAAGCUGGAUUCGGAGCAGCAGCACGCGUUCCACAACCCGGCCAUCUCCCCUAAUGAGGAGCUGGCGAAGCGAGGGUUCUCCAUGUACAAUGCAGACGACGUUGAGAGUGCCCGCGGCGCGCACGCCGACCGGCAGACGGGUGGGGAGUUCGUAGAGGAGCUAUCCCGUGAGCUGGACAGCAGACAGCAGCGACAGGCCAGCAUCAACCAAGAUCGCACGCAACAAGAACGCGUGCAGCAAGAUCGCAUGCAACAGGAACGCGUGCAAGACCGACACACGCUCCCGCAACAGCACAACCGACAGCAGACGCAGGAACAGCAGUGGCAGCAAGUUCAGCAACACCAGUCACAACACCCCCCUCCAUUCCUGUUGCAAAGUAUUGAGGAAAACAAACGAAAAUCGCGAAACCUCGCCAACCCCGUCGCCAAUGGUGGCAGGCAGAGUGACACCAACCCUAACUUCAUCUAUUGAACAUGCUCUUAAACGCCUCUUAUCCUGUGGGAUAGGCUGAGACACUUACAUCUCAUUCGAUCGAGUUUUGACGCGAUAUGAAUGCAAAGACCUCUAUGACAGGUAAGAACCUAAUAAGUAAUCAAAAUAUAAUAAUUAGACCGAGCAAAGGAUGAAGUAUAGUAUUCGGAUUAAAAAUAAAUUGAAAAUGAACCCUAAAAUACCAUCAUAAUCACAGUAUUAUCGCAUGCAACCAAUAUCCCCAUUGCAUAUAUCUUUGCAUUAGUAUGUGGAAUACCUUAAAAUCGUUCUCUAUCUAAUCAAAUCGAGGACGCAAUGAUUUGAUUAUUUACAAAACGAUUUCUAAAUAAUUAUUGUUCAAUUACAAUUAUGAGUGAUAAUGCAGUAAAUCCUAUAUCUUUUUACUUAUUUUUGAUUACGAAAAUUAAGUUAAGAAGAUUUAUUUAUUGUAAAAUUGUUAUAAGAUUAAUAAAAUUAUCUUAAACUUUAUAAUA